UCCAGAAGGAGGAGGGGUCAGGACAAAGCUCCCAGGUCCCCAGGCCUGGACCCUGCCCCUGCCCCAGUACUCACUCCAUCAGACCUGGGAACUCUAAAGGAGCCAUUAGCUUCCUCAACAGAACUCCUCUUCCCCAGAAGCUCAGGGUCUUGGUCAUGGGGCCCCAAAUGCUGCUCCUGCUGCUCUCUGGGGCCCUGGCUCUGGCCCUGACCCAGACCUCGGCGGGGGGCCGCACCGCGCCUCCAGGACACGCAUCCUCCCCGCCCCCAGGUGCCCACAGCCUGAGAUAUUUCAGCAGUGCCCUGCAUAGACCGGGCCACAGGGAGAACCGGUACAUCGUUGUGGGCUACGUGGAUGACACGGAGAUUCUGCGAUUCGACAGUGGCGCGGUGAGGCCGAGGCUGGAGCGGAGGGUAAAGCUGGAGGAUCCAGAUUUUUGGGAGGAGCAGGAGCGGGAAAUGAAUCACAAUGAACAGACUUCCCGAGUGAACCUGAACAAGCUGCACGUCUACUACAACCAGAGCGACGAUGGGUCUCACACCCUCCAGGAAAUGACCGGCUGCGACGUGGGGUCGGACGGGCGCUUCCUCCACGGGUUCAGUCAGUUCGCCUACGACGGCACCGAAUUCCUCUCCCUGGACGAGGACCUGCGCUCCUGGACCACCACGGCCAUGGCGCCCCAGAUCACCUGGCGCGAGUUGGUGCUGCUCCCUGACGCGGACGUCAGGAGAUUCUUCCUGCAGGACACCUGCGUGCGCCGCCUCCACCGCCUCCUGGAGAAGGGGAAGGACACGCUGCUCCGAGCAGACCCUCCAAAGACACACGUGACCCACCACCCCAUCUCAGACCAUGAGGUCACCCUGAAGUGCUGGGCCCUGGGCUUCUACCCUGCUGACAUCUCCCUGACCUGGCAGCAUGAAGGGGAGGACCUGACCCAGGACAUGGAGCUUGUGGAGACCAGGCCUGCAGGGGACGGGACCUUCCAGAAGUGGGCAGCUGUGGUCGUGCCCCCGGGAGAGGAGCAGAGAUACACAUGCCAUGUGCAGCACCAGGGGCUGCCCAAGUCCCUGACCCUGAGAUGGAAACCCCCUCCUCAGACCACCAUGACCAUCGUGGUCAUUGCUGCUGCCCUGGGUCUCCUUGGAGCUGUGGCUGCUGGAGCUGUGAUGUGGAGGAGGAAGUGCUCAGGCAGAGGCAGGGAGAGCUACUCUCAGGCUGCAUGUAAGUCUGGGUGUUGGGGAGGUGACGUCUGGGACCCUUGGGAGAGUGUGGGCUGGAGUCUGUGAGGGGGGCUCCCCCACCCUGUAACUCUGCUGUGUGU